AGUUUCACAACAACAAAAUCUCUUUAAUCCAAAACAAUGGUGCAAAAUUUAGCUGUAGUUAUACCUCCUGUUAAUUUAAAUGCUGCUUCUUCCUUAGAUUCUGCUGCUUCGGAAGGCAGUGAGAGUUCUUUCAACGAUAUACCACUGACAGCGCUUAGUAAAAAUACCAGAAAACAAUUAUCAAAUUCGUUGAAUUCUAAGAAGGUCUUACGUUCUGAAGAGGGCUAUGAACGGGAUUGGCGUGGUAUUGCUAUGCUAACACAACAGAAAAAUUUUUGUGAUGAAAAUGCUCUCAGCGGCGGUGAUCCAAUGUCAAAAGUAUUGCAACUCUGGUGUAGCAAUAGCCCGAAAACUGCUACUUUUGCAAAUCUAGAGCGCUUCUUAGGUAGAAUCGAUCGUUGGGAUGUUUCUGAUGAUAUUUAUGAAAAUUUAGCUGAAGAUGCAAGAAAUUAUAAUACUAAACUUCAACAAAAAUCCCUAGUACUAAAUGAUGAACCCGAUGCAGUGCAACCAUUAGAAUCAAAUGAUAAUUUUGGAUUUGGUUCAGAUCCCAACAUAUUGACAAAAGACGAUGUGCUUCGUGCACAAAAAGGCUUACCACCACAAAAGUACGAUGCAUUUGUGCUCUUCGCCGAUGCAGAUAUUAACUAUGCUAUAGAGAUGCUAGCAAAAUUAGAAGAAAAUGAAGAAUAUAAUUUUAAGCUUUGCCUUAAAGAUCGUGAUUUACUGGCAGGAGUGUCCUUCACACAUGUAGCGCUAACCCAGCUUAUAGAGGAGCGUUGUAAACACUUAAUUGUCAUCUUAACGGAUGAAUUUAUAAAGAGUCCGGAAAAUAAGUUUUUAGUCAAUUACACACAAGCGCUGCAAAUACAAAAUAAAACUCGUAAAAUUAUACCUCUGCUAUAUGACGAUAAAGUAGUUAUACCAAGAACUCUUAAAAUUUAUACACAUCUUCGAUACAAUGGGAAUACAAACGGACUUUUCAAUUUUUGGAGCAAGCUGGCUUCUUCAAUACGAAAUGUACAAAUGCCUACAAAUGCAACCUCCUCAUAUGCUAAAGAAUUCAUAAGUUGUUCAUUACCUAAAUCAUUUGAAACAAAAAUACCAACCCUACCGACACCACCAACUGAAAUACCUAGCAUUAAUAUCAAUGGCAAUGCAUUUGUCCCUGAAGAUGAUAUACCCAAAAAGAAGGAACGUUUUAAAUACAAAAAACGUUCGUCAAUACAUAAUACGGAUCACAAACUUCUCGUCAGUGAUUCUAAAUUAAGAAAUGCACACUCAACAAGUCAAUUAAGUGCCGUGAGUCGUGAUGGCAGUUCAAGUAUGUCAAAUCUUUCUAUUACGUCCAGCCCUUGUGAUACGAAAAAGAAGAAAAAAUGGCCUUCAAAAUUAUUUAAAAAAGUUUUUAGUCGCAGUACAUCUAAGCUGCAGGAACCAGCUUAGAUUUUAUUUAUAAAACUAAAAGUGCCAAUUUAAUUUUUUUUUUUAAACAUUAUCUUAAUCUCCUUAGAGUUAGACUUUCUUUAUAUAUGAGAAAAUUGUUAAUAGCGAUUAUUUUAUUCGAUCAGAUUUGAUCAGAUGCAUUCCUUAUAGUUCUGCAUUUUAAUGCUCUUAAAGUGCCCUUAAAAUUACAAUAUAAUUCAGUACAUUAUUU